CUUCUUCUUCUUCUUCUUCUUCUUUUUUUUUUAUUACUAUUGUAUGACUCUGUAUUUACAAAAAAUCUCUUACACUAACACUCACAAUCACACUUCUAUACAUCAUAAGUUAUAAUGUUUAAUAAAGUAAUAUCUAUCAAUACUAUCUGUAUAUAAUUUGUAGUAGCCUGUUUAAAGUUGAAAAAUUUUCGGUGUGCGGUGAACCAAAAAAAAAUGAGAAAUCAUCAAAACUUUUCAAAACUUCAUCCAUCAAUCAAUUAGUUAACAGUCCUUAUUAAUCAUCAUCAAGUUCAUAUCUUUGUGAGAUUAUCCAAGUAUCAGGCAUAGUAUUAGUAUCAUACGUAAAUGCUAUCUUAAUCGUUCCUUCCCCUCCAUUCAAUCAAUUCAAAUCAGACUUAUUCCCUUCCCAGUCCCCCACCCAAUAGUAAUAAUAAUUCAAUCAAGAUGUCAUUUAUAAAUAUAUGUCGUGAUAAUACCGAUCCAUUUUAUCGUUAUAAGAUGCCUGCCCUUCAAUCGAAGACUGAAGGUAGAGGUAAUGGUAUCAAGACUUUAAUUUCCAAUUUAAGUGAAGUUGCUCGUGCUUUAGGUAGACCACCAGCUUACGUCAUUAAAUAUUUUGGUUAUGAAUUAGGUACUCAAACUUCAAUGGAUGAUGCUGCCGAUCGUUAUUUAGUCAAUGGUGCUCAUGAUACCAAUGAAUUACAAGAUUCUCUUGAUGGGUUCAUUAAUAAAUUUGUUCUUUGUGCUUCUUGUAAAAAUCCAGAAACUGAAAUUGAAGUUAAAGGUAAAGAUAAUUUAGAAAGAGAUUGUAAAGCUUGUGGUAAGAUUUCUCCUAUUGAACCAAAACAUAAAUUAUAUUCUUAUAUUGUUAAGAAUCCUCCAACUUCAAAGAAAGGUAAAAAAGCUGCUACUGCUACUGCUAAUGUUGUUGGUGGAGGUAAAUCUAUUUCUGAUAUUGCUCAAGAUUCCUCUAACGGUGAUGCUUCUGCUGCUCAAACCAAUGGUGGUGAUGAAGAUGAUGAUAUCUUAGCUAAGAAAUUUAAUCAAGAAGCUGCUCAAUUAGAAACUGUGGUGGUUAAAGAUGAAGAUUGGUCCGUUGAUAUGUCUGAAGAAGCAAUUGCUGCUAGAGCCAGAGAAUUAGAAGGUUUAAACUUAAAUGAAACUGAAUCUAAAGUUAAUGAAUUAGGUGAAUGGUUAUUAAAAGAAUCAGAAGAUUCCAAAGAAGAUUUACCAACUGAUGUUGAUAUAUAUAAGAGAAUUUCAGAAUUAGAAAUCAUUGAUCAACCUGAAACUGUUCAAGUUUUAGCUCAAGUAUUAUUUGAUGAUGAAAUUGCUACUCAAAUCGAACCUCAUGCUGGUUUAUUAUCUAAAUUAAUCAAUGGUGAUGAAGAAUUUGAAAAAGCUUUCUUAGGAGGUUUAGAAAGAUUCUUUGGUUUAGAACAACCAGAAUUAAUUCCAAGAAUCCCAGCUGUUUUACAUAUCUUAUAUGAUAAAGAAGUUAUUAGUGAAGAAACUAUUAUCGCUUGGGGUAGUAAAGUAUCAAAGAAAUAUGUUGCUAAAGAUAUUUCUAAAAAGGUUCGUAAAGCAGCUAAACCUUUUGUUAAAUGGUUACAAGAAGCUGAUGAAGAAAGUGACGAAGAAUAGAUGUCUUUCACUAUUUGUCUUUUAUAUAUAUAUUAAUUAAUUGUGUUCAUUUUUAAGUUUCAUACAUAUAUACCUCUAUAAGUAAUAAUGUAAAUAUUUUCAAGUUUAAAC